CCGUAUCCUCCUUGUCGUCGUUGCCAUCUUCUUGAGCGUGCACCUCGCAUUUGCGCGAGUAGCUCAUUGCCAAACAUGUCGAAGCUCACGUCGUGGAAGCCUUUGGCGCGGGGUCCUGUUGUAACCGGGCCGCAUGACACUUCCCCACAAGGAAUGGGCCUAGAGGACAAGGGCUCGGACACAGAAGACAAUGAUGGUGCACUCUCUUCGUCAGCUCAACGCUUUAAGCGUGCUGUCCUCAAGACCGUCGAUCUCGGCAAGAGCGUGCCUGCCAGAGCUCGGUCGCCGUCCUCGCCUUUCAAGGGUACCAAGGGUUUGCUCAGUAUGAGCGGCCAGGGUCGAACCCGACCGUCGGCUAACCCAGCUGACUCGUCCAAGGCGUCCCCGUCAGAUGGUCCCUCCAACCUGAAAGUUUCUACAUCCUCUUUGGGCGAUGAUUCUCCCUUUAUCAAACCUCCUUCGCCUACUCACACCCCCCUCCGACCGCUACUUCAGUCAUUUCGUGGCGUUGGCUCUAUGCGAGCAGGAACCCAGACUUUAAUACAAGCGCUCCAAGCCUUGCCAUGGGCAGAAGAUCCUGACAACGAGACAGAUCCAAUGAGCGCACAGCUCGGACAGGUGGACUCCGAUGGUGAUGACGAUGUUGCUCAUGACCCAGAAACGCCUAUGAGUUCGUCCAUCCAUGCUAUAUACCGCCCCGUCGCACGUUUCCGGCGAUCCGAAAUCAAGUUGCCUUCAGCGUCACAAACACAGGGCAAGCUGCCCGUUCAGCCGCGCGAGGAGUCAGAAACCGAGGAAGGUGCUGGCCCUUCGGAGGAUGACGCUGAGAAUGAUUUUGAGGCUGCAACGCCGAGACCGGAGGAGGCACAACGACCUGCGUACAUCAUGUCGCAAUCAGCAGCAUCCGUGAAACAUCUAAACUACUCGCGACGGGUUAACGUCAGCUGCACAGGAAGCAUGGCUACCGUCAAACUGCAUCGAAGGGCCCGCCUUGCCGAGAAACUCAGGGAAGUCUUCGAGUUGGAUAGCAUACAUGAAGUUCUAACAGAAAUGCCCUGUUGGUUACUUCGUUCCGUUUUGCUGCAAGGGUAUAUGUACCUUACGAAUUCCCAUAUCUGUUUCUUUGCGCACAUGCCUACCCGAGAGGACCAAGUGUUAAAAUCAGGCGCUUUAUUUAAGAAGGCGACACGAACAAAGCGGUGGUCAAAGCAUUGGUUCCUCCUCAAGAACGAUGCAUUGUCCUGGUACCAGUCCUCCUCGGACCCUUACUUCGUGAACGGAAUCAUAGAUCUUCGGUAUACUCUUUCUUGCGAACCAGUUGGCGAGAAGGAGAUACGCAUUCGCACAAACGAGAAGAGCAUUCAUUUAGCUGCCGAUUCGAUCCCUAGUCGUGAUGAAUGGGUGAAGGCUAUUAAGAGAGUUAUCUUUAAGGCGCAGAACAUGGGUGACACAGUUAAGAUAGCAAUACCAUAUACGGCUGUGGUUGAUGCAGACAAGUCUUCGGCUAUGGACUUCAGUGAAACGAUUGAGGUCAAGGUCAUCGACAAAGAAGAGCCGUAUGCUGUGGAUUCCUAUUUCUUCGCGUACUUCAGCGACCUUUCCUUGGCCCUUGAUCAAAUUAGGGACGCGAUUCGAUCGUAUAGGACACUAUCAAGUGUUGAACAUGCUCUCCUGGAUACAACAUCCAAUCGACCAACGCCUGUUUCUCCCGCCAUCGAUCGCGCUCGCAGUUUGCCCGCAAACGACUCAAAGAACUCUACAGGCUUUAGAUUGGCCUCAUUGCUAAGACCGUUCCACGAGUCACUUCCCAGCGGCAAGCAAAACAGUGUACUUGAAGCUACUCCCAAUGAGGGCACAGAUGAGUUCACGCAUAUCACGAAACGGGAGGGUUCAUCCUUCGUUCCAAUCGAGACAGGCGGAGAUGGCUCUUUGGAGCCCGUUCGGUCCGUAGCAUCUAUCUCUCAGACAAACGCAUCCUCACGUUCUGGUCCCACACCUACGACCCACACAUACCCUCCCUCGACAUCGAUGGCCGAACUUCCUCUGCCACUAUCCAGAAGCACAUCAAAUGCUGCCUGGAAUAUGGGCAUACCAUCUUGGCUUAAAGCACCGCGGAAAGCACUUGUCUCUUCUUCCUCAAGCACGACGAUUGGUCCCCCAGAUAUCACAACUUCACCUACGAGCGAAGUCCGUGAAAUGUUCUCAUCGACCACUCAGUCAGAGGCGUCACAACAUGACCUCGGAUACAGUAUUUUGGAAGUGCCAGAGCGUGUCGUAGACCACAACCUCACAGAGAAGUUCAGGAGCUCUUUCGCAUUUGAUGAGAAAGAGACACUCCUAGGAUAUUUCUAUGGAUACAUAUACCGUUUACUUCCCCUUUAUGGCCGGCUUUAUGUUUCGACAAACUACUUCUGCUUCAAAUCAAGCGGUCCUCUGUCGACGAAGACUCGUAUGAUUCUCCCCAUCCGGGAUAUCCUUGCGGUAGAGACAUCCAAAGCCUCGAGAUUUGGUCAUCACGGUCUCGUCGUCGUGAUCAAGGGUCACGAAGAGCUGUUUUUCGAGUUUGGCUUCGAGGAUCGCAGAACAGCCUUUGUGACAAUCCUGCAACAGCAAAUAGAAGAGCUUCGGCAAAGACUCACAGGUCCAGACUUGCCAAACAUCAGUCAAGGACACCGCGACGCUCUUGUCCUGGAAGAGUUUGAGUCGAAGCCAUCGACGAACAGUGAAGUGUGCACAGAACCUUCAGAAACGCUAUCGGAAUCUGUGCCUGCUGUCAUGUUUGCAUCCACCUCUUCCACUUUUUUGACUUUCAAGCCCAAGGAAUCCUUGCACUUCACGUUCCUAACAAUUGGUUCGCGCGGUGACGUUCAGCCUUAUAUCUCAUUGGCCAAAGGCCUCAUGCAAGAUGGACAUCGUGUACGGAUCGCUACACACGGUGAAUUCCAGGAUUGGAUCGAAUCUCAUGGCAUCGAGUUUGGAUUUGUUGGCGGUGAUCCAGCCGAGCUCAUGAGGAUCUGUGUGGAAAACGGCACCUUCACAGUUGCGUUCCUCAAGGAAGGCCUCCUGAAGUUCCGUGGGUGGUUGGACGACUUGCUCAGGACCUCCUGGGAAGCAUGUCAAGGAACCGACGUCUUGGUUGAGAGUCCUAGUGCCAUGGGAGGCAUCCACAUUGCAGAAGCACUACAGAUCCCUUACUUCCGCGCAUUUACGAUGACAUGGACUCGGACAAGAGCUUAUCCUCAUGCUUUCGCCGUGCCGGAUCGAAAGAUGGGGGGAAGCUAUAACUACAUGACUUAUGUCAUGUUUGACCAAGUGUUUUGGCGUGCAAUUUCCGGACAAGUUAACCGCUGGCGGCGGAAUGUGCUUCACUUACCCAAUACCAGCUUAGAUCGAUUAGAGCCUCACAAAGUUCCAUUCCUUUAUAAUUUCAGCCCUACUCUCGUCCCACCCCCUCUCGAUUGGCCCGAAUGGAUUCAUGUUACGGGCAAUUGGUUCCUUGAUGAUGCCGACGUCAGCGCCACGAAAUGGACGCCUCCUCCUGAUCUCCUCCCCUUUAUUGACUCGGCCCAUGCACAAGGCAAGAAAGUUGUGUACAUCGGCUUUGGAAGCAUCGUAGUGUCGGACCCUCAGGCCAUGACACGUUGCGUCAUCGAGGCAGUCGUUCGAAGUGGCGUCUAUGCCAUUCUUUCCAAGGGGUGGUCCGACCGACUUCACACGAAGACUGCAGAGGCUUCCGAACCUAAAGAACCUCUCCCUCCUCAGAUCUAUUCCAUAUCAUCUAUUCCUCACGACUGGCUGUUCCAACGAAUUGAUGCUGUUUGUCACCAUGGUGGAGCCGGGACAACAGGUGCUAGUCUGAGAGCUGGAAAACCAACUAUCAUCAGGCCUUUCUUCGGAGAUCAAUUUUUCUGGGCUGACCGAGUUGAAGCUCUUGGGAUUGGCACCGGAGUUCGCAAGCUUACCGUAGAGGCCUUGACAGAUGCACUCACCUCUGCCACCACUGAUAUCAAGCAAAUUGAUCGAGCAAGAAUAAUUGGGGAACAAAUUCGUUCGGAAAACGGCGUGGCGACAGCUAUAGAAGCUAUUUAUCGAGACCUAGAUUAUGCACGUUCUUUGAUCAAGCGGACCGCAGACCGAACCCUAGACGACGAGCCGAACGUUGAAUCUCCAGACCAAGAGCAAUUCCCCCAACCUUCUCAGUCGUUGAUGGAUCGCUCUCUCUCCAGAUCCCACAGAAGCUCCCGUGGCUCUCACCGCAAAACUCCUAGCGAGGACUGGAGCGUGAUCUCUGACCAGGAGGAACCCCGGUCAUCACCAAGCUCUCGGCGAAAUAGCAGACGAAGCAGCGAAGGCAAGAUAGAAAGGUCCCCUACAGCGAAGAGGACUGGCUUAACAGCAGCUGUGAUGUCUGUUUUGCCCUCGGCGACUCAUCGACGAUCUGGUUCUAUACAUCUCAACAGGCCACGCAUCGACAUAUCUAUCCAGCCAACGAAUUUUUGCUAUGACCUGUACGCGUUAGCGUAA